AUAAGGUAACGGGAGCGUGUUUGCAUCAGUUGAUCCGUUUCACAUAGCAUCUCUUGAUUUAUAUAUAUUUGAAAUUAUGUGAAGUGUUAAAUUGCGGCUAAAGUUUAGUCAUUCGAUUGGUUGAUGUUGCACAAAACUUGAUGAGUUCUCGCCUGCCAUUGCAUAAUUAAUCUACACACUACUUAGAAUAUUUGCACGAAAUUGAACAUGGAACUGCCCCAGUUGCUGGCCACGAAGUUUGGCGUGUCCGUGGAGGCAUUUCGCUUGCUGCUCACCCUGUUGGCCGGAUAUCCGAUAGCGGCGAUUUAUCACAGAUUUGUUGCGGAUUUGGUCGCUAAACCGUUGCAUCACUUGUACUUUGCAUUUUGUGGCAUGAGCUUGUGCUACUUCAACUAUGGCAUGGACACAUAUCACUCACUCCUGGGCAUUGGCGUCACCUAUCUGCUUGUUCUUCUGCUGCGCGGAGCCCCUCUUCUCUUACUGAUAGCCAAUUUCAUAUUCAAUAUGGGCUACCUGUUGCUGGGCUACUAUUUUACGGCAAGCAAUGAAUACGACAUUUUGUGGACGAUGCCGCAUUGCAUUCUGACACUGCGCAUGAUUGGCCUUGGCUUUGAUGUGACUGAUGGCCUGAAGCCGGAGGAGGCUCUCUCGAAGGAUCAGAAGGAAACGGCGCUGCGGAAGUUACCCUCGUUCCUGGAGUUGUUGGCAUUCGCCUACUUCCCGAGCAGCUUUUUGGUAGGACCUCAGUUUCCCUAUCGUCGAUAUCAAAAGUUCACCAAUGGCGAGUACCGCAAGCACGACGGAUGCGUGAAUGCGGGCCUGAAGCGCCUGGGCGCUGGUGUCCUCUACCUAUGUGUCUGCCAAGUGGGUCUGUCCUAUCUACCGGACAACUAUUUCCUUUCAGAGGAGUUUGCUGCGCAGUCGUUCAUCAAGCGCAUCUACUUCCUGGGAUUCUGGGCGAAGUUUUCACUGUACAAGUACAUCUCGUGCUGGUUGUUCGCCGAGGGCGGUCUCAUGUGCCUCGGCUUCACGUACAAGGGCAAAGACGAGUUCGGCAAUCCGGACUGGUCGGGUUGCAGUAAUGUCAAGCUGAUGCUACUCGAGUCGGGACACACCAUGCAGAGCUAUGUACUCAGCUUCAAUGUGAACACCAAUCAGUGGGUUGCCCAAUAUAUUUUCAAGCGCCUGAAGUUCCUCAACAAUCGCAACAUCAGCUAUGGAGCUACCUUGACUUUUCUGGCCGUCUGGCAUGGCUUUCACUGUGGCUACUACAUGACAUUCCUCAUGGAAUACAUGAUUGUCAGCACCGAGAAGCAGAUUGACAGCGUCUAUACCAAAUACGUGCUGCCCAAAUACGGCGAGACGUUGAACAAUUCAAAGAUCUAUGGAGUCAUUUACUUCUUGUGCUUGAAAUCGUAUAACAUCGUCUACAUGGGCUGGUGCCUCACUGCCUUUGUUUUCCUUAAAUACGAACGCUGGAUUACGGUCUUUAGUGCCGUCAACUAUUAUGGAUUCAUUUACAUGCUCAUCUGGGCGAUCUUCUAUAGAGGCUUUCGUUACUAUCGCAGCACACAGCCCAAGGACGCAGUAACUUCAAAAGAAGCCACAGAUUAAUUAACCAGCAAAAAAGAGUGAAGAACAAGUUUUAAUUACAGCAAACAUUUACCAAAAUACAUUCAUAUAGAAUGUAAAAAGAAAACGUAAAACUAAAUGUAACUCUAAAUUGCGACGCGUUUUAAUCAGAAAAAGCAAUGCCUAGUCAAUGCUCGUUGCUCAUUGUAAACCAAAUGGAGAACGGCCUCGAGACUUAUCUAACUAUAAAGACAAUUUUAUAUCUUACAUUAGGACAUAAUACAUAAUAUAUUUUGAUAUGCUCACGAUAUGAUGUCUAACUACACAUGAAAGUGCAAAUUUAAAUAAAUCAAAAACAAUUACAUUGAA